AUGACUGGACGCGGCAAGGGAGGCAAAGGACUUGGAAAAGGAGGCGCUAAGCGGCAUCGCAAGGUGCUUCGUGACAACAUCCAGGGUAUCACCAAGCCGGCCAUCCGUCGACUGGCUCGUCGUGGCGGCGUGAAGCGCAUUUCCGGACUUAUCUACGAGGAAACGCGCGGUGUGUUGAAGGUGUUCCUGGAGAACGUGAUCCGUGAUGCGGUCACCUACACCGAGCACGCCAAGCGGAAGACCGUCACGGCCAUGGACGUCGUGUACGCCCUGAAGCGCCAGGGACGCACGCUGUACGGAUUCGGAGGAUAA